GAUAUAACUAAAAUUUUUAUUUUUUCCUACAAAUUUGGCGUCCCUGCUCGGAUCGUCGGAAGCAAAUCUGGAUGAAAGCAGGGAAAAAAUGAUUGCCGCCUCAGAUCCGGUGGAAUAUAUUCCUGGUGGACGUCAAAUUUAUUCAAAACAUCCUGGGUCAGUAAUAAAUCAACAGUCAUUAAAUAAUCCAUCUACGCCAGGAGAAAAUAUUCUAUUGGAAAAACUCAGUCAAGUUAAUAUAUCAGAAAAAUCUUUUAAAGAGUUCUGGUUAAUACGUGACAAUGAUACGUGUGGAGAAGAAGAAUUAUAUUGCUCUGGAAAAGUUGCAAUUCAUUCAAAGGGUGAUCAAUCCACUCGUGUACUUGAAACUUCAUAUACUUGUGAAACUGACAUAAAACAUGCAUUAUGGUGUACUUUUUGUACAAGUAUACCAGAUCAUUUAUCAAGAGGGAAAAAUCAUAAUAAUGAAGAGCAAUUAGGUGAAACAAUAGGAUGUAUUUGUUUACUAGAUUCCUAUACUCUUAGAGUUUUUACAGAAAAUGGUGAAGACUAUGUGUCUAGUUUACAAUUUCAGGUUUCUGCUGUUUGGCCAACAAAGUAUGGUAUUUUACUUGAAAAAGCACAAAUUCCUAAGCAAAACAUUUCUGAAACAAGGUAUACUUCAUCAGAAACAUGUAAAUAUCCAUUGCAAGCUGAUGCCAAUUUACCUGUAGCAUUUUCACUCAUGCAUCCUUUGGAUGAAAUAUGUCCACUACUUAUUAAGCAUGGAAAUGUAUCAUAUAUGUGUGAAUCAAAUCAGCAGAUUGUCUUUACUAGUUCUGAACCAUCAUUGGCUGUAAUAUAUGAUGAAAAAACUGGAUUACAUUCUGUGUAUAAAAUACGGAAAGCUUUGAUAGAAGAAUGUCAGAUGGUUUGUAGAAACAAUGAAACAACACAAAGUUUAUUCAAUUUUUCAACAAGUGCAUCACCAUUAAAUAUUGGUAGUAAUAUGUCAGCUAAUAAGAACUAUUCUAAUAAAAGUCAUAUAAAUAUGUUUGGCAUAGUUAAUCCACAUUUAAGUAAUGUUGGAGGUGGAUAUGGCAUACCAAAUAGUCCUUUUGGAUCUCGAGGUACUUCAUACACUACAACAGGUUCAUGUGGUCAAUCUCCUUCGCAAGUGCAGCAACAACAUUCACGUUCUCAAAGCCCAAUGGCUACCAUUUCACGUUGUCAAUCUCCAACACAUUCAGGAUUCUCUCCCUUACUUGGAAUACCUAAUACAAUUAUAAAUCAUCAUUCACGAUUACAUCAAAUGGUUAUGGGAACUACACUAAAUCACACACAAAAUAGUCCUGCUGGUAAUGGUAGUAGCAUUCAGCUUCAAGAUGCUAUUACUCCAAGUAAACCUUUAUAUCCCGAAAUAUGUCUUGAUCAUCUAUGGACAGAAAAUGUAGGAGUUCCAAAGGAUAUACUACCAGGACGAGCAUCUAAAGUUCUUCUAACAUCUGAUUUCGUUGGUCAAAGUUAUUUAGGAUAUUUAGUACCAACUAGAUCACAAUUCUUUUUAGUUCGAUUGGAAAAAACUAAUAAACAACAACACAUUAUUUUUGGAAUGGUUACAAGUAUAAUAGCAAAAGAUGCAGUUAGUUUGCCAAGUUUACAUAUGAUAGCAAUCAUUGAUUCAUCAAAUAGUAUAGUAUUAUACUCAGGCACAACAUGUGUAGGGAAACUACAUGUAUCAAGCAUUCUUCCAAAUCUUACAUGUAAAUAUUUUGUGUCAAAUAUUAAUCACAAGCUCGGUUCUCCGUUUCCACGACGAAGUUCUUUAAUUUCGCAAAAUUGUGGAAAUUCCCAUGAAAUCAGAUUUGAAGAAGCUCUACAUCUGUUGAGUCCAGUCGGUGGAACCUGUGCACAACCACCAAUUUUGUUAGAAAAUUCUGUGCUAGAUCUAAAUCUUGUUGGUCUGAAAGAUGCAGUGGGUAAUAAAAUUACUCUAGAAUAUGGUAAUAAAAGUUAUUUCCGAAUUACGUUACCGACUUGUAGUACAUCUCCAUUAGUUACCAAAUGUUUAAAAACAUUGCGUAGUGUGUUACAAAAAGACCUUGCAAUGCAAUUAUUAGUAAAGUGGUAUGGAGCUCGGAACGCACCAGGUCCACAAGAUUUUUCUCCAGUACAAGAAUGGUAUCUCUUUCUUGUAGUUUUAUUUACUUUAUUGGGAUAUGACGUUGAAAAAUUACAAUUAAUACAAAAUAAUGAAAAAGAUCAAUUUACUGAACGGAACAGUCCAAUGGUUGUUCCAAAAAAACAAAAGACCAGUGAUAAUGGAUCCAAUGAUGAUUGGAUGUACGUAAUAAAUUCUAUUAAAUCUAAAAAUUCUCAAAGUUUUAUUUCUGAUAUACUAGGAUUGACAAAAUUUUCUAAUACACAUGAUACAUUAUCUUCAAAAAAUGCUGAAUUAAAGACUACAGGAAGAAUAAAUUGUCAAGCAAUUUUAUUUUCAUAUCUUCCUCUUAUUCUAUUCUCAUUGCAUUUAUUAUAUGAAGAAUUAAAAUUAGAUUGUGUAAUGUCAGAAAGCUUACCAUUACUUGCUCAGUUAUUAUAUCAAUUAAGCACAGACUUAAAGUUUGAUACUUAUGCUCAUCAUUAUUUUCUUGAUUUUCCAAUGCUACAUUAUUUAAAGAAAACAGUAUCUCAAAUAAGUGAUACAGAUCUACAGAAAAUAACUACACCAAAUUAUAUCAGCUUAAAGCCACCAGAUAUAUUCAAAACGUUAAAUAACUUACUAAUUGGUGCAAAUGUAGUACCAUUUCCGUAUAUAUAUCAUGUAAACCCUCGAGCAAGAAACAUAGUAUAUUUAACUACACUAGUAGCAAAUGAAAACAAAACUGAUAAACUAGAAAUGGAUAAAUUUGUAAAAUUGAUAAUACCAGCUGGAAGUCGUGUAGAUUUCCAAGAAAGCAGGAAUAAAUUUGAUAGAGAUAUGCCAAAAAAAUUACAACAACCAACAAUAGAAAACAUUGUGUUAUUAUAUUAUGAAAUGGGAAUGAAGAAAGAAGAUUUAGAAACUUUACCACCAGGAGUAUCUUUAAUAUUAAAGGAUGUUAUGCACAGAUGUAGAGAACGUCCACCAUCUAAUUGGCCGGCGAAUGUAUAUGAAUUAGUAGAUCGUCAAGAUUUGGCUGCAUUAGGUACACAUUUAAAUUCAUUACAUAUGAACGAUCCUAAUGAUAAUGAUGGAAAGAACUAUCUGACUAAAGAUCUGGAUCAAGAUGAUGGAAUGGAAUUUGAUGAUAAUAUAUUAAAACUCAGAUUUAAUAAGGACCAUAGAGUGGCUGAAGUACGGCGAUUACUUAACUCAUCAAAACCUGUAAGAAUAGCAAUAAUACAACGGCCUGAUGUGAGUGAUCACGAAUUUAUAGAAGAACAAGAAAGACAUUUGCAUGCUCUGUGUACAAGAACAAUGGCUCUUCCUGUUGCAAGAGGCAUGUUUACACUUAGGACUUCAACUCCUAUAAUUACUGAACAAUUACCAAUUCCUCGGCUUUGUUUAACAGGUAAAGCACCUCCUCGUGGAACAACAGUAGAAUUGGCCCACAUAGAUGUGCCACCAAACAUGAAUUUGUGGCCUCUAUUUCAUAAUGGAGUAGCUGCUGGUCUUCGCAUUCAUCCAAAUGCUUCAAACAUUGAUUCAACUUGGAUUGUAUACAAUAAACAACAGCAAGGCGAAUUUGGCAUUGAACAUUCAGGAUUUUUAAUGGCACUUGGUUUGAAUGGUCAUUUAAAGAAUUUAGCACCGUUUAGUAUGUACGAAUAUCUUGUUGAAUGUCACGAAGCAACUAGUGUUGGUCUUUUGCUUGGCUUAUCUGCGACACAUCGAGCUACAAUGGAUGUGUCAAUGACAAAAUUAUUGUCAUUACAUGUUGAAACCUUAUUGCCACCAACAAGCAUAGAGUUAAAUGUUCCACAAAAUGUUCAAGUAGCUGCAUUAAUGGGAGUUGGUUUGGUAUAUCAAGGAACUGCUCACAGACAUAUAUCACAUGCUUUAUUAUCAGAAAUUGGAAGACCACCUGGUCCAGAAAUGAAAAAUUGCGUUGAUCGAGAAUCGUAUUCUUUAACGGCAGGUUUAGCAUUAGGAUUAGUUGUACUUGGGUGUGGUGGUGCUACUGAUCUUGCUAGUAUACCUGAUACUUUACAUUAUUACAUGGUUGGUGGACAUGUACGGCCUUUUACUGGAGCACAAAAGGAUAAGUACAAAUCACCAAGUUAUCAAAUACGUGAAGGAGAUUCUAUCAAUAUUGAUGUAACAAGUCCUGGUGCAACAUUAGCUUUAGGCCUUAUGUACUUCAAUACAGGAAAUCGAGCUGUAGCUGAAUGGAUGCAAGCACCAGAUACACAGUACUUACUUGAUUUUGUGAGGCCAGAUUUUCUGCUAUUAAGAAUAUUGGCUAAAUCAUUAAUUUUAUGGAAUGAAAUUCAACCAACUAAAUCAUGGGUUUCUAAUCAUGUGCCCAAUAUCGUUUAUAAAUAUAGAUUACAAAAGCCCACACCAGGAAUUACCCAAAAUGUAGAUCUAGAAACUAUGAAUCAAGCAUACUGUAAUAUUAUAGCAGGAGCUUGUAUGGCUUUAGGACUGAAAUAUGCUGGAACUGCAAACAAAAAUGCAUUUAGAACUUUAUUUAAUUAUGCUCAAAUGUUUACAGCAUUAUCUCAUAAAACAAUUGCGGAGUUAGCAGGAAAAUCUACUAUAGAAACAUGUUUAAAUGUGAUUUUACUUUCCACUGCUGUUGUCAUGGCAGGAACAGGUGAUUUAGAGAUUAUGAGAAUAUGUAGACACGUAAGAACAAGAGUAGGACCUACUAGUAGCGUUGUUACAUAUGGUUCUCAUCUAGCAACACAUAUGGCUCUUGGUCUUCUUUUCCUUGGUGGUGGUAGAUAUACUCUUUCAAACAAUCCUAGUGCUAUAGCUGCUCUAGUGAUUUCUCUUUUUCCAAAAUUUCCAACACAUAGCAAUGAUAACAGAUAUCAUCUACAAGCUUUGCGACAUUUAUACGUUCUAGCUGUUGAACCACGUGUAAUUUUACCAAGAGAUAUAGACAGUGGACAAUACUGUUAUGCUACAGUACAGUUGACAUUUGUUGAUGACAAUGAAACUCAGGGACAAGAAAUGGUUCUUCAAGCUCCAUGUUUGUUACCACAAUUAAGCAGUUUACAAAAAAUAGAAUUAAAAGACACCCGAUACUGGGAAAUCAUAUUUGAAAAAAAUUACAAUUGGCAACAAUUUGAAGAUAUGUUGAAGAGAAGUGAUUCUUUAAGCGUUAAACAAAGGGCUGGAUGUUUAUCAUAUAUAGAAGAUCCUCAUGGUUUCAGAAGUUUAAUAGCACAAACUUUAACAACAGAAAAAACUUUUGCAUGGACUAUACGCCCAGAAUAUAUAACAUCAUUUACAAACGAUAAAACAGUAUUAAAUAUAGUAAAGUAUUUUAUGCAAGUAUUUAAAAAAGAAAAAAGAAAUUAUGAAGGAAAUAUGAAAGUCAUUUUACAUGGAAAUACAAGUAAAACAAAACACGAUUAUUUCUCUAAAAAUUUAAAUAAUGUAACUUCAACAAUAAGCAGUAAUUGGAAUGAACAAUCAGAACAUUCUCAAGGAAUGGAAAUUACAGAAAUGUCAUCUGCAUUAAAAAAUAUUAAUUAUGUUCCUGAAACAGAAGAAACUUGCUAUGGAAUAACAGAGUUUGAACAAAAUUUUUUACAAACAUUUGCAGUAAUUGUUUACGAAUGUGUUAUUAAAGAUAAAGUUGGACUUUUACCAUCAUGGGUAAGCAUGGUUAAAAAUAUGGAAAUUUUAGAAAAACAACCGAAUAGUUUUUCAAUAUGGCAAAUAAAGCUUUUAUCUUCACAAAUGUUACAUAAGUUAUCUUUGAAAGAAUCAAAUCCACUUCUUAGUGCAGAGACUAUACUUGCAAUUAAACAAAAAGUAUCACUUACUUUAGAUGGAUGGGAAAAUGAAUUAAUACCUAUAAUAAAACAUUAUUUAACAACUGGAAUCAUUGAAUGUGAUUUAAAAACAUUAUCGAAAAUGAGUACAUAUUUCAUUUUUUAUGAUGUACCUUAUUAUACAGAUAAUAAAAUAUUCUUGAGACCAUUUCAACAAGAAGAAAUGUCUACAAUAUCAAGCAUCACAUUGUACAAGUUGUAUAAAAUCUUUAAAACCAAUUAAUCUUAGUUAUAUUUAAAAAAUCAGUCAAUAAUUGUUAUAAUGUAUUACUUAUAUCAAAAUAUAAGUAAUAUUUUGACAUAUAUCGUCUGUAUAUUAAGUUUGUGUGGGUGUGGGUGCGUGCACGCGUGGUGUGCGUGUGUAUGUGUACAUUAAAGUAAAAAUAAGAAAGACAAAGUAAAUCUGUAUUUAUAGAAGUUUAUCAUUAUUAUAAUAAAAAUUUCAUUCUUUGUUUAC